CGAGAGGCAGUUGCAGAGGGUGUAGCCCAGCUCUUCACAGCUUUUCCACAGUGACUGCUGGAGUUUCUCCAGUUUUGCAUCUUCCCGAAUUGAACUAACCAACAUCUGAAUCUGAAGAGUAGGAAGACUCGGAGAGUGUCAUGAUUCAAAAAUUUGUGGUCCUGUGGCUAGCCACUGGCCUGGCUUCAGCUAUCACCUGUCCAGAUGGGAGUAAAUGCCCAGAUGGAGCAACCUGCUGUAAGACGAGUGAUAGAGGAUAUUUCUGCUGUCUUGCGCCGAAGGCGGUUUGCUGCUCAGAUUUCUUGCACUGCUGCCCUGAAAAUACCACCUGUGAUCUCGUGCGUUCAAUCUGUCGUAGUGGUUUGAGUAGAGUUCCCUGGGUGAAGAAAGUUCCAGCGAUUCAUACCGAGACUACCAUGUGGGAAGAAGCAAAAGCCACCCCCCUGGUUCAAGCAGGAACACCCAAUGCAGUGACUGAGAACAUGUGUCUGGAUAAUACUGAAUGUCCCCCUGAAUACACUUGUAUGCCUACUUCAAAAGGUUUUUAUGGUUGCUGCCCACUUACUGAGGCAACUAUUUGCAAGGAUUGGGAGCAUUGCUGCCCAAAAGGGUACGAAUGUGACCUGAACGAAGCCAAAUGUAAAAGAACUGGAGUUAAGGAAGAAAAGUUGCCAUUGGUUUCUGGAGUAGGAAACUUGCAUACUGCUGAGAGUGAGCUUUGUGGGAACAUGUCCUGCUCUGGGGGAUACACUUGUUGCACAUCUAAGAACUUUGGUUGGGGUUGCUGUCCUAUGAAAGAUGCUGUAUGCUGUGAUGACAAUUAUUGCUGUCCAAAAGAUUUCAAAUGCGAUAAAGUACAAAAAACCUGCAUCAAACCCAUUGAUCAGAAUGUAAAAGCAAUUAUUUGCCCAGAUCGGGCAUCCGAGUGCCCAGAUGGCUCAACAUGUUGUUUACUUCCGGAUCAGCAAUGGGGGUGCUGCCCUUUGCAAAAGGCUGUGUGCUGUGAGGACCGUCUGCACUGCUGCCCUUCCGAAACCAAGUGUGACCUGAAGCAGUCCAAGUGUGUGUCUCAGUUUGGUAUGAUGGAAAUGUGGAAAAAGUUCCCAGCUCACAAGCGAUUUACAAUGAAGAAUACUAAAGUUCAGGUUGUACAUUGCAAUGACACAAUGGCCUGCCCUGAUGGCAAUACAUGCUGCAAGCUCGCCUCUGGAGAUUUUGGAUGCUGUCCUAUAGCAAAAGCUGUUUGCUGCGCCGACCACGAACAUUGUUGCCCAAAUGGCUACAAAUGCAAUUCUGAAGGGUGCUACCAGGACAUCUCCAUCCCCUGGCUCACCAAGACUCCAGCUAUUAUGCAAGGCACGGUGAUGGAUGUCAAGUGUAAUGACACGAUGAGCUGUCCUGACGGAUCCACUUGCUGCAAGCAAGUCUCAGGGGAUUGGGGGUGCUGCCCCAUUCCACAGGCAGUUUGCUGUGCAGAUCACAUACACUGUUGUCCCAAUGGCUAUACAUGUGAUGUUCAGCAAGGACUCUGUGAGAAGCAGGGUUCUUCCAUUCCCAUGAUCCUAAAGCUCACAGCCAGUGUGGAAAGAAAUGAAGGCAGGAUGUGUGAUGAUGCUACAACGUGCUCAUCAGGGACCACUUGCUGCAGAAAUAAUUCUGGAGGCUGGAGCUGUUGUCCUUUUGCUCAGGCUGUUUGCUGUGAAAAUGUAGGACACUGCUGCCCUAAUGGCUACGAUUGUGAUGUUCAGCAUAAGGUCUGCAAGAAGAAACCAGUAUCUUUCCCCUGGACCACAAAUGAAGCAGCUAGCAUGAAAACUUUGGUGAAGAGCAGGGCAUUGGAUACCAAGUGUGAUGACACCAUGAGCUGCCCUACGGGCAGUACCUGUUGUCGACGGCGCUCAGGAGACUGGGGCUGCUGCCCUUUGACUGAAGCGGUGUGCUGCACGGAUCAUGAACACUGCUGUCCACACGGUUACACCUGUAAUGUGAGUGCUGGAACCUGUGAAAAGCAGAGCCUUUCUGUACCUUUGGAGGUCAAACAGUCGUCCGCCUCUAAAUUAAAAUGUGAUGACAAGUUCAGCUGCCAGUCUCCAGCCACCUGCUGUAAGAUUACUUCUGGGGACUGGGCUUGCUGUCCAUACGAACAAGCCACUUGCUGUGAAGAUCAGCUGCACUGUUGCCCGAAUGGCUACACCUGUAAUGGAGCAACCAAAAUGUGUACACCACGACGUCGGCUGAGAUGGGACCUCUUCUUUCCAAAGCAGAAAAAGGCCUUUGAAAGGCUGUGAUGUGUUUGUGCCUCUAAUCUACUUGAACUGUGUAAUGCACCAAAACAAAACAUCACAGUGUGACAUCUCGGGAAUUGUACAAUAGAAAAUUUUGGGUUACUUUUGUAUGGUAAAUCUUCCAAUCAAGCAUAAAGCAAGUUCCUGAAAUAGUAAAGAACAGUUCUGAGGCACAAAAUCUGGCUUAAGUCCCCUGAAUAUUUUUCUUGAAAGAUUUUAAUCCUCUUCACUAUAAAAUCAUUUUUAGGAACCUCUUCUGUAAACUGUAUUGAUUCUGCUUUUGUGCAUUACAUGGAUGUUGAAUGUAAAAUUGCACCAGAUUGAAAGCCAGCUGCUUGAUUCUCUUACAAAAUGGAAAUUUGCAGGUUUAUAAACCAUCCCAAUGUAAAGUAAUACAAGCAGGCAACCUAUCUGAUUAAAUUACUAACCCAAUUGGAUUUUUAUUCAAACAUAGAUACUUGAGAUAGAUUACCUAUCUCUUGUCUGAAAAUCAUUAAAAUCUGCUCUUAACUCUGCUGUAAGCCCGUUGAUUUAGUGUGCACUGAGUAUGUUUCUCAGGUUAAUACUCUUGACCGUUUAAUCACGGUAACACUGAAGGACAUUUGAAAAUGUUGAACCUUGAUGACCCAGUACAGGUGUAACCACUGGUUUGGGAGAGGAGGUUAAACCAUCUCCCCUCUUCUCUCCUGUGGUUAGGCCUGGAUUAUGCUACACUCCCUGCCAAAUAGAAUGGACCUGAUGUGCGCGCUUCUCCCCCUGCACGAGCCACUCCAAAGCACAUUUCUUUAUCGGUGGAUGUGACUCUUGAAUUUGUAUGUAUGUAUGUUUGGCUCCCACCAGCUGAAUGUGUCAUUCUGUGGACCAGACAGCGAUCUGAUCUUUUUCCUGGACACUGUGAGCGGCACUCCUCUACAUUAGGCUCCAAACCAACCUCAUACAGUAACAUUUUUAUAUAAAAACAAGACAACAGAUAUAUUUGAGAACAAUUCUUAAAAUGAUACAAUCUUUAAGAUGGUUGAGACUAAAAUGUUUUAAGUACUAAUUCAGAAAUUAAUUGAUUUGGGCGGAUUACUUGCUUACCAAGUUCUUUGCUGUUUAAUCAAAUUGCAAAAUGAGUUAUGAUUUUUAAUGGUAGAUACAUUUUUAAAACUAUUUUGUUGGGACUUGUUGAAAUCUUACUGAUUCCUAACUUAAAUUCUGUUCAUCCGUUCUCGUUUUUAUCGAACUAGAAUCCAUCUCAGAGCAAUGCUUUUUUUAAAGAUAUGAGGGAGGCAAAAGAUUUGCCAAUUCUUUUUGAGGGCAUUGGUUGCUUGUAGAAUUAGCGAAAGACAGCUUCAGUGAGGUGAUGAUUAAAACAGCCAAGUAGUCUGUUUACUGUAAUCUUUUGAAAUUUUUUGCUUUAUACGCUAGAAGAAUAUCUGAUGUCAUUUCACUUGUAAUGGAUUAAUUUUUACUAUACUUUACUGUUAUCAUGAACAUAUGGAUCCAAAAGUCUAGCCUUGGGUGAGGUCAUGCUGCUGAUCCAGUGAUAGUUCUGCGUUUUGAAAUCCUUGCAUCUGCUUACAAUGCAUCUCAUUAUGCCAUUUUUCUAGUGGCCACCAUUUAAAACCACUUCAUUGUCUGAUCCUUUCAUUAGAACUUUCAACCAUUGUGGUUUGACCAUGUGGUUGUUGGAUGAUUGAAAGGAUGGCACUACAAUAUUGCUUUGGCAUUACCAAAAGGGAGUUCUUGCAACUAAAUGAUGCAAAUCAAAUUGUUCAUACUGUGCAGUUAUCCUGUUUUUUUGAAUGUUUGCUACAAAUAAAAAUAAAUUUAUCUGAAA